AUGACGCCGGGCCCUCCUCCAGGACAACCUCUCCUCAAUGCUCACGAGAACCAGGACCUUGACAACUUUCUUCAAGGCUUCGACCAGACUGCCGUCGCCAAUAAAUCUCUCGGCCAUCCUCAUUUCAACCUACCAGCCGAGCAUGAUCAGUUCUUCGAUAUGCCGCCCAUGUUUGUGGGUUCAGACACAGCGCUGGGCCAAGGCGCCCGCUUAGAUCCCCAUCACUUGACCGGGGGUGAUUUUCCAUACGGUCAUACCAUGCUGGGACAGGGUAUGAACACUAUCACGCAUCCGAACGUCCUCGGUGGCAUGCAUGGCGCUGCAUACACCGAUCCCUCAUUCCAAAACCCACUCAUCGCCCAACUUCAAUCUGCGGCUUCAAUACAACCAGCAUUCACUCAAGGAUGGCAGCAAACUUUUCACACACAGAACAUGAUGAAUGUCCCAAAUCAGGCUCGCCUCGGAAUGGGCUUUGGCACCGAUACGCGCUUUCAAUCGAGUGGAUAUGCUGCUCCCCAUAACCCGAUGGACCCGGAUCUGCCUCAGGGCUUACAAAUGAACAACCCCCUUGGAGACUGGCUCGAACCAACCAGUGCGAGCACAACCCAACCCAAUACCCAGCCAAACACUCAACCGUCUAGUCCUAUCUGGUCCAAGAAGAGAAAUUUCGAUGACUUUACCCGAGAUCAGCAGCCUCGUAAUGGGUUUGUCGUACCUGCACAACAUGCUGGGUCAACCCAACCUUCCCCACCUCAUUCGAAUCCUCGUAGGAAACGUUCCGUCGUUAAGCCCGAGACAAAGGCUCCGCUCUCACAACCACCGACCCCACUUUCCAACAGCAAACCACAAACACCGCACGGAACUGGAACGCCUGAUAUUCAAGGCACCCCGGAACAAGACGAAGAUGCCGAAGCUGAAGAAGAAGAUGAAGACACUAUGGAACAAACAAGAUCACCUUCUCCAGCGCCGUGGCCAAGCUCGAAACCACGCCCACCCCGAAACACGAAGGCGCCCGCUCCAAAGCCACCUCGGAAGAAGAGCGCCGGAUCGACACCGAAGCCCCGGAAAUCCAGUGCCAGCCAGAAAAGUACGUCUACUAGAGUUCCACUCAGCCUGGAACAGAAAAAAGCAAACCAUACGAACUCUGAGCAGAGGCGUCGAGACGCCACAGCUCGCUCGUAUGCUGAACUCUACGACCUUGUCCCCGAACUCGAAGAUUUGGGCAAGCAGAGUACUAUGAAAAAGCUUGAGGUUGUUGUGGCCAAGGUCCGGCGUACGAAAGAAAGAGUCGAGGAGCUACGAACGAAGCUCGGAAUGGAUCCCAUAACUGGAAACCCGCUUGGCGGCGGCGGCGCGGGUGGUGCAGGAGCAGGCUUGCGCUUGUACCCUGAUGCACCAGGGUGGCGCCAGUGA